AUGCGAUCUGGAAUUAGAGCAGACAGGGCAGAUAGACAGACACAGAUAUUCGGUUUACUCUACAGGCUCAAGAAAAGCUAUGCCUGUGUCUACAGCGGUUUAUCUCCUAUCUCCAACAUCUGUUCUACUGCUGCUGCUGCUGCUGUCAAUUUUGAACAACGGGCGCUUGUUCGGGUUUGGGGAACAGACGAGUUAGACGAAACCAAAACCCGCGAAAACUCCGGGACGUUGAUUUUAGAGCAAUAA